AUGCAGCUCAUAGCGUCUUUGCAUCCUCGUUGUGAAUUGAAUACGCAACCAAGCGCUAGCUAUGCUAGUAUCAAUCAUGUCGAUUUGGAUUCGAGGAUGAGCGUCGAGAGAUUGGUAUCACAUGCAAAACAAACACCUGACACGGCCGAGCUUCUUCAGCUCCUAGACCAAGCUCACAUUCUACAGCUCCAACCAUUCCACUAUGCUGCAGCGAUAGGCGAUCGUAAAUUUUAUAAAAUGAUGAUUGCCUUCUUGCCAUUAGAUACUUUUUUAAAAGAGAUUUUAGCUUUGAGCCAAAGUGGACUUUCAGCGAUCCAAUGUGCGAGAAUGCUCGAGUCUUCGUUAGCCACCGAGGUGACAGAAUUUCUACUAUCUUGUGGAGUUAUUCUGACCCAAGAAUCGCAAAAUUUCGUCAUGGCACUCUCGAAUAUAGCAACCCUACCCAAUUGUGGACGAUCAAGACUAGAAGAUCCACAUUUGAACCGGGUAGAAGUUGGAUCAGAGCGAUAUAUGAUAUGCUCAAAAACUGCGUCUUCCGUUGGCUUGACACUGCGCGCAAAUGGCAUUCACUACGCGGCUACAAAAGCUGUGUAUGUGCAGCAAGUAUGUUCCCAUGCGCUGAAGGAGCUGGCAUUCUACGGUGACAAAUUGUUAGCAUUCUCAAAAUCCGACACCACGAUGUCUGUGGGGUGGACAGGAGCCAAAAUUGCCGAUCUUGCUUUCGAUGAGAGUUUUCGUGCAUCAUUUCGGAUCUUUUCUCCAUGUAGGGACGCUAGUCAGCGGCUAGCACCAGGAAUGUUGGUGGUCCUAGAUCUUGAGAACUUGUCUCCUCCACCGUCAAAGGAAGAAGACCUAAUGAUUUUGCGUCUUUAUCCAACAACCGGUACUGUAGAAACUCGUGCUACUACUAGUUCUUCUGGUGUGUGUGUAUUGGAUAUUGGUUACCCUGAUGAUGUUUACUUAAAAGGAUUUCGUCGUGGAUGGUACAGUGAUGUCCAUUACGCUCGAUGUGUGGGAGACGAUCCUAAUGUCUACCUCUCAAUGAGUGAUGCGAGCCAGAGAUACAAGUACAAUAUUCGCGAAGAGCACGACUGGGGCUAUGAUAACACGAGGGUGAUGAUUGAAUUACCUGACGAAGGAAUUGUGUUCUGCCGGGGUGUUGGUGAUGACGUCGAGAAUCCAAAGAUGGCAUGUGUGCUAUUUGACAAAAAUGCCAAGAUUCGUGAACGAUAUGCAUAUCGAGGAAAAUUAGGUCGAUGGAAUGACAUCGUUCACGGUCUAUCGAUGGAAGGCUUGCGUGAUGACGCAUGUGGCUCGCAGCAGAUCGAUCCAGGCCUUCUUUGCAUGUGUCGCUUGUUAAUGAAAGCGACCGUGACGGCGUGGUGGUCCUUUUUGAACAACAACGGGCUGCACGUAAACGACACGCUCGCGCGAGGGUGGACGGCGGUAGCUUCGGUGGCCUCCGCCACGACAGCAACAGCAGGCGGUGAGUGCACCACAAAGACACCAACAAAGGUCGUCGCCACACGGAACUGGAAUGCACAUGAUAUCGUAGAAGAUGUUGUAGCUGUUACGGUGGUACAGUAA